ACAGUCACACAGAUACAGACAGACUCACACUCACACACACAGACUCACACACACAAAGGGCCAGCGGAGCCACCAGCAUCUCAUCCAUUGUUCCUCUCUCCUGUCUCUGGUCGCACAGCAUCAUGGGAUAAGCACUGCCCACUGCUCCCCAGAGCUCUCACUCUAUUGCCUCUUCCUCUCCAUCAGGAUCUGCCCUGGGUUUUACUUACAGCAGCACGUGAGCUCAGCCACAUAAUGAUGAUGAUUAACCAGAAGACCGUGGGCAUUGGCUGAUGUGACACCGGCACCCCCCGAGGAAUCACAAGGUGACCUACAUCUGGGACUUGUAUUGGCCUGGGACCAUUGUUUCUGCUCCAUGGAAUCCUGUGAGGGACGUGCGGCUUCUUGUGACUUACAGCUGGGGGGCCACUGACAUGUGGGGGAGAUAAAGGAUGCCGGUCCGCAGGGGUCACGUGGCACCUCAGAACACAUUCCUGGACACCAUCAUACGCAAGUUUGAGGGGCAAAGCCGCAAGUUCAUCAUCGCCAACGCCCGCGUGGAGAACUGCGCAGUCAUUUACUGCAACGAUGCAUUUUGUACCAUGUGCGGUUACACGCGGGCUGAGGUCAUGCAGAGGCCGUGCACAUGUGACUUCCUGUAUGGGCCCCGCACCACCCCCACCUCCACCUCCCAAAUUGCACAGGCCCUUGUGGGGUCCGAGGAGCGUAAGGUGGAGAUCGCAUUUUACCGCAAGGAUGGCAGUUGUUUCCUCUGUCUGGUGGAUGUGGUCCCUGUGAAGAACGAAGAGGGAUCUGUCAUCAUGUUCAUUCUGAACUUUGAAGUGGUGAUGGAGAAGGAUGUUUUGGGCUCUCCCAACAAGGACACCAAUCACAAAGUGCAGUCCCAUUGGUUCCCUUCAGGUCGAGGCAAGUCAUUUAAGUUGAAGCUCCCAGCAUUACUGGCCCUGGCGGGGAGCAAACAGUCUCUCCCUCAAGAGGAUCCCGAUGUGGUGGUGGUGGAUUUAUCAAAGCACAGCAGUGACACGGUGGCAUUGGAGGAAGUGACACAUAUGAACAAUUGCAUUGGCUCUCAGUCUGAGGACCAGCAGGCGCUGAUCAGCAGCAAAGAACCUCCUGAAGAGGACAAGGAGCCAGCAGUUCAGUCAUCUCCCCAUACAGACAAGGACCACCUCAACCUGGACAUGUCCUUUUCCAACUGCAGUCUGGCGCGCAGCCGCUCUCGGGAGAGUUUCUACAGCAUCCGACGGGCCUCCUCAGUAGAUGACAUUGAAGCUAUGAAAGUGGACCUGGACAAGUUCCGGAACCGCAACUCUAGCACUGGGGCCAUGAACAAUAUCCGGGCCAAUCUUCUCAACUCUACGUCAGACUCAGACCUAAUGAGGUACAGAGCCAUCAGUAAAAUUCCUCAAAUAACCCUCAACUUUGUGGACUUUAAAGGAGAUUCGUUUCUGACCUCCCCGUCCAAUGAAAAGGAAAUAAUUGCACCCACCAAGCUGAAGGACCGAACCCACAACGUUACAGAGAAGGUCACUCAGGUCCUGUCCCUGGGAGCGGAUGUGCUGCCGGAAUACAAGCUGCAGGCCCCUCGGAUACAUAAAUGGACAAUACUCCACUACAGCCCAUUUAAAGCCGUGUGGGACUGGCUGAUCCUGCUGUUGGUUAUCUACACCGCCAUCUUUACCCCGUACUCUGCUGCUUUCCUAUUGGGUGAGCAGGAGGAGGUGGACAAUGAGCAGUGUGGCUACUCGUGCAACCCGCUGAGUGUGGUGGACCUUAUAGUGGACAUUAUGUUUAUUAUAGACAUUCUCAUCAACUUCCGAACAACCUACGUCAACAUCAAUGAAGAAGUAGUGAGCCACCCUGGAAAGAUUGCCAUCCAUUACUUCAAAGGCUGGUUCCUUAUAGACAUGGUGGCCGCCAUUCCCUUUGAUCUGCUCAUAUUUGGUUCAGGCUCAGAGGAGAUGAAGAGACCUGACGAAGGAGCAAACAAAGAGACCACUACUCUGAUUGGUCUCUUGAAAACGGCCCGCCUUCUGCGCUUGGUACGAGUGGCCCGCAAGCUGGACCGUUACUCUGAGUAUGGUGCAGCCGUUCUCUUUCUUCUCAUGUGCACGUUUGCUCUCAUCGCUCACUGGUUGGCUUGCAUCUGGUACGCCAUUGGCAACAUGGAGCACUAUGACCUGGAGUAUCGUCCUAUUGGUUGGCUGUACUCCUUGGGCGUCCAGAUCAUGAAGCCCUACAACAGCACCAAUGCAAAAUCUGGCCCUUCCAUCAAUGACAAGUAUGUGACUGCUCUCUACUUCACCUUCAGCAGCCUGACCAGCGUGGGGUUUGGAAACGUGUCCCCAAACACCAACUCUGAGAAGAUCUUCUCCAUCUGUGUCAUGCUCAUUGGAUCACUCAUGUAUGCCAGUAUUUUUGGGAAUGUGUCUGCAAUCAUCCAGCGUUUGUACUCUGGAACAGCACGGUACCACACUCAGAUGCUGCGUGUUAGAGAGUUCAUCCGUUUCCAUCAGAUUCCGAACCCUCUCCGCCAGCGCCUGGAGGAAUAUUUCCAGCACGCCUGGUCAUAUACCAAUGGCAUCGAUAUGAAUGCGGUUUUGAAGGGGUUCCCUGAGUGCCUUCAGGCUGAUAUCUGUCUGCACCUGAACAAAAGCCUUCUGCAGAACUGCAAGCCAUUCAAAGGAGCCACCAAAGGUUGCCUUCGGGCUCUGGCCAUGAAAUUCAAGACCACCCAUGCUCCACCUGGUGACACACUGGUGCAUGCUGGGGAUGUGCUCACUGCUAUCUACUUUCUGUCCCGCGGAUCCAUAGAAAUCUUGCGUGGGGAUGUAGUGGUGGCCAUACUAGGUAAAAAUGAUAUUUUUGGAGAACCUAUAAAUCUCUACGCACGGCCUGGAAAAUCGAAUGCAGAUGUUCGAGCCUUGACCUACUGUGACCUCCACAAGAUCCACAGAGAAGACUUGCUGGAAGUGCUAGACAUGUAUCCUGAAUUCUCUGACUUCUUCUGGUCCAGCCUGGAGAUCACAUUUAAUCUGCGAGAUACCAACAUGAUUCCCGGAUCUCCAAGCAGCGAUGAUUCCGACAGUGGGUUUAACCGACUGAGACGGCGCAAGCUUUCCUUUCGCAGGAGAACAGAUAAAGAUUCUGAAAAUGCUGGGGAGGUGAAGAUGGACGAGAGGAUGGGGCAUGAAAACACCCCAACGUGUGAGGGCAAGGCCUUCGACUGGGAUAAGCAACUCAGCACUGGCCCAUCCAGUUCCUCUUCCAGUGAUGAUGAGAACCCUCCUCCUCCCUCUGUUCAAUUGUCACCAAAACGAGCGAAAUUUCCCCACAGUCACUUCUCUGCCCCCCGUGGGUCUGAGGCUGAAGGGGAACAUGGCACCGCAGAUGUGUGUAACCACUUGUCAGGAGCUUUUUCUGGGGUAUCAAAUAUCUUUAGCUUUUGGGGUGACAGAGCAGGAGGUGAGUACCAGGAGCUGCCGAGAUGCACCAUCCCAGCCCAUACAGCUGUGAGCGGAACUGCACCUUCCAUGAGCCGCCGGCAGAAAUGUGAGCUUGGCCACAGGCUGGAUCUUCUGCAGAAGCAACUGAACAGGUUAGAGAGUCGGAUGGUGACAGACAUUAAUAGUAUCAUGCAGCUGCUACAGAAACAAGCGGCCCUGGUGCCCCCCGCAUACAGCACUGUAUCGUCUCCCCCACAGAUGACAAGUUACCCCUCAGGGGGGGAUCACAUUGUACAGACCGACCUUGUGCAACUGUCUCACACACUCGCAUCAUUUUCUCAGGUUUAUGAAUACCAGGAAGUGGAGGGUCAGCGGUUGAGUGAAGGGCCCCUGGUACCCCAACCUGUGACUACUGAUCCCAGGGACAGCCCCCGGCGCCUCUCUCUUCCCGGGCAGCUGGACGACCCCUUGGACUUGAGGACCCCACAAAGGCAUUCAUCCGACCCGGGCAGUUAGGGAUGGAGGGGCCUUUGUCAGACUCAAGUCACACGCCACAUUCUGGUGGAAGGUCACACAGAGAUCUUGCCGGAAUGUUCUAGAGCAGAUGGCCAACAUGGAGACAACCUGCGGGGAUCACAGAAGUCCAACUCCCUCAUCCAGAAGGAGGGAAAUAAAGACAUUUGUCUAAUUGUUCCAGUGAAGGAAAGUCUCACUGCUGUAUGGGGCAUGCAUGGCUCUUAGCUGCACCCCUAAAUAAUAGUGAACCCACUUGCUUCUUCUCAUCUUGUUAUGUCGGAUGCGCUGCUGUGUGGGAAUCAGCACCACGUGACUGUAGCACACGCUCCAGAGAGAAGAAACAGGUCAACUGCAGAACCUGAGAUGGGCUGAGAAUGAGGAGCUUGUCCUGGGAAGAGCAGAACAAGGAAGAGAAAUCCAUGUACUAUAUGUAUGUGACUAUACCGACCCCCCAUAUUUACUCUCUCGCUCUCUAGAAAACUGCGGCUCAUGGGAGGGAUGAACAUUGUGUGCAGAGCACUUGGGCAGUCCUGUGACCCACCAGGAUUUGCUUCAGAGGAAUAGUACAAUAAAUAUUCUUCUGUCUCUUUAAUUCUCUAAUACAAGUCCAAGAAGUCUCGGAGCGACCCUGUAAUACAAGCAGAGGCUCCAUUGAACUGUACGAAAUCGUUCUUCUCAUUCUCGAUGUUCUUCAUUGUCUCUUUAAUUCUCUAAUACAAGUCCAAGAAGUCUCGGAGCGACCCUGUAAUACAAGCAGAGGCUCCAUUGAACUUUCUGUAGGAAAUUGUCCUUCUCAUUCUCAAUGUUCUUCAUUGUCUCUUUGUGUCUCUUUGCCACAUUCUAAUGUCAGACACAAAUCUAAUGUCUGUGCCUCACGGUGUUGUGUCUCCCCUGCUGAAAAGUCAGUUCAUCAUAAUGUCACUUUAUCACAACAGUGUGUUCUUUCUCAUUGUGCCCCCCAAUGUCUGCAUGAAAUAGGAUUGUACCCCCCUAUAAUCUUCUGCAUUCUCCUGGAUCGUCUUGCGCUGACGUUACAUUGGCUCUUGCUUUUUGCCUUAAACAUUCGUAGCUACUUGUCUGACCCUUUCUAUUUACAUUCCCAACAUAACUGAGGCCUCUGUUUUAUAUCAGUCGCCCAUUCAUUGUAUUUUGUGCUCCAAGCAGAGUAACUGCCAUAAGUGUUCUAAUCCCGCCCACUGCUUGAGUCACAGACUCCCUCCCAUUAGCUGCUGCCCAAAUGCCGUUAUUUAUUUAUUCAACUGUCAUUUUUGUAUUUAUUUUCUCCCACUUAUUGGAUUGGGGGAGACAGAACACUAUAACCAUUAAUCACUCAGCCCUCACCUGCCAAUGCCCCAAGUGCCCCCGGAGGGCCGACAGUUUCUGUAGCCAAAGUGGCUAAUGGAGAGACAGGCUCUGAGCAUGAACAUACUGCUCACACUCCCAUCCGCUCAUAUAAUGGCACCACUUACUGUUUGACCUACUCCCACCCCCUGGCACUGCCAGUCCUACCAAUGCUCCCAAAUACUCGAGGCAGAGAUGCACACAAGUAGUUACAAGCUCACGGCGCAAGGCAUUUCUAUGGGCUCACGUUUCAGUGCUGCUUGUACUUUAACACCAUUAAAGGGCCACAGAGUUGGUCAGUCCCAUGUUACAGAAUAAGAGGGGUGCGGAUAGUCUGAAGGACUUGUACACAGACAGUUACUGGGAGUGUAAGAGUCACUAUUUAUCCGGUUACUUAGUGUGAGUGUGUAAUUAUAUUCCCCUGCACUGCUGUGUCUGACUGCUGACUCAAGCGCCUGCAUGAUUCUCAUUAAAGGGAUACUGUCAUGGGAAAACAUGUUUUUUUUCAAAACGCAUCAGUUUUUCCUUCACAAUGUAACU